CUUCCGGCACCUGAACGCAGCAGCUAACGUUAGCUCUUCCUGCAGUGCUAUGAGUUGAGCGAGACUGAAGUGCUGGGAAUGCAGCCACCGCUCCCACCUGAGGCGGUCAGAGAGCUGGUGUGCUCCUGUCUGCACAGAGACCCAGUAGCAGCAGACCUCCGCUGCAGCCUGUUUGUUGCCGCUGCACAGAGCUACAAGAGGGACUCUUUGCUUAGACCCUUCCCUCCUAGAUACAUAAGCGGUGACAAUAAGGACUUUGAGGAGCUGUUGGCAGAUGUGAAGUCUUUGCCGGGUGUGAGAGAGUUGGUAAGACUACGACCCAGAGAGGGAGAUCAUCAUCUGGCUCUCACACACUGGAUUCUCUCUUCAAAGAGCUUUGCUGUGAAGACGCUACAGAAAGAGGAGUACGCCAAACUUUGUAACCUGACGGAAAAUGAAGGGAUUCCGGCGCCUGUGCCAGACUUCCUGUUUGAGCUGGAGUACUGUGAUCAAAUGAAUGCCAGGUUUGAGAAGACGAGGGCAGGCAGAGACGUCUUCUACGCAUUCCACGGCAGCCGCCUGGAGAACUUUCACUCUAUCAUUCACAAUGGGCUGCACUGUCACCUCAACAAGAACUCAGUGUUUGGAGAGGGGACCUACCUCACCAGUGACCUCAGCAUGGCUGUCCUCUACAGUCCUCACAGCAGCGGCUGGCGAGAAAGUCUCCUGGGUCCACUGCUCAGCUGUGUCGCCUUGUGUGAAGUCAUUGAUCACCCGGAUGUUAAGUGCCAGGUGAAGAAAAAAGAUUCUGAAAUUAUUGACCGUCAACGCUCGAGAGCAAAGAACAGCGAAGGAGGAGAAGUGCCGCUGAAGUACUUUGUAGUCACCAACAAUCAGCUUUUGCGAGUCAAGUACCUGCUUGUUUACUCUCAGAGGAGGCACCUGUCCAGACAUUCCCGCAGCACCUCCUGGCUCCUCAGACACCAUUUUGCUAUCAUGAUGAGUCUCUACCUUCUGCUGCUCAUAUUCAUCGGUGCCUUGAACUCCACCACCUUCGUAUCCUUUUGGAACAGACUGUUCAGGUGACAACAGGACAGACGGCCUGGAGGUUCUUUAUCCACAGUGCCUUCCUGAGCAGAGACUGACUGGAGGCCCGAGCAAAGAUAAAAGUUUUAUGCACCUUUAUACUGUUUCUCUCUACAAUCGUUAUUUUCUUUAUUUGUACAAAUAACUAUAAUUAUUGUUAUUCCAAAAUAACAUAUCUUUUCAAAUAGCAGCUAUUGGCAUCCUAUUGUGUAUUAAUUUUGUUAAAAUAGGUAAUAAGACCAUUCUGCAUCUUAAAAAUGUUAUGCAAUGUUCCAUCUGUAAUUUGUAUGGUUUAGUAAAAGUUCUGUUUUGUAGAUAA